AUGGGCUGCGUCCAAGCCAAGCCCGACACCAACGUCUACGCCAGGCCUGUGGGGCUCGACAGGCUCAAGCUCGAUAACGGGUACGUUGGAAAUGCUCAGAGAAGACCUGGGAGUGCCGAGAACGGCACUGCUGGAGAGGAGUCGGAGUCUUUGAAUGGGAGUCGAAGGAUUUCGGCUGAUGAUGAUGAGUUGGUGGAUGGCUGGCCUAAGUGGCUGACUGAUAAUAUUUCGAAAGAUGUUUUGGCGGGCUUGGCUCCCAAGAGCGCUGACUCCUAUGAUAAGCUCGACAAGGUGGGCGAAGGAACCUACAGCAAUGUUUACAAGGCUCGAGACAGGGACACUGGAAAAAUUGUUGCCUUGAAAAAGGUCCGUUUUGAUACAUCAGAACCUGAGAGUGUUAAAUUUAUGGCACGAGAGAUUAUGCUAUUACGGAAAUUGGAUCAUCCCAAUGUGCUUAAGCUUGAAGGAUUGGCCACUUCAAGAAUGCAAUAUAGCAUUUAUCUUGUCUUUGAUUUCAUGCACUCAGAUUUGGCAAAAGUUAUUUCCAGCGUUGAAGGGCUGACUGAACCACAGGUCAAGUGCUAUAUGCAUCAACUGCUUUCAGGUCUGCAGCACUGCCAUGAUCGUGGAAUUUUGCAUAGAGACAUUAAAGGGUCGAACUUAUUGAUAGAUAAAAAUGGAGUUCUAAAAAUUGGUGAUUUUGGGCUUGCGAAUUAUUAUGCUCCAAAGCCUAAGCAUCCUCUCACCAACCGAGUUGUGACACUUUGGUACAGAGCUCCCGAGCUACUUUUAGGUGCUACGGAUUAUGGAGUUGGAAUUGAUCUUUGGAGUGCUGGAUGUGUCUUUGCUGAAAUGUUUACAGGGAGGCCACUUAUGCCUGGCAGAACAGAGGUUGAGCAACUUCAUAGGAUUUUCAAGCUUUGUGGCACACCAUCUGAGGAAUACUGGAAAAAACUGAAGCUUUCUACAACUUUUCGACCUCCACGUUCAUACAAACCCAGUCUUCAGGAAGCUUUUAAGGAUUUACCUUCAUCUUCCUUGGGCCUGUUGGGCACUCUUCUUGCAUUAGAUCCUGCCUAUCGAGGCAGUGCAGCUCUAGGUCUCAAAAAUGAAUUCUUUUUUACAAGCCCCUUGGCUUGUGACCUUUCUGGGCUACCUGUAAUCUACAAUGAGGAAGAAGAAUUGAAACUAGCUAAUGAGCAAAGAAAGUUCAGGAAUUCUAAAGUAAGACAACGGUCUAGAAAACAACGUGAGCACCGCAGACAAGAUGUUGCUUCUUCCACACAGGAGGUGGAGAAAACUGCGGAGCCAACUGUUGAAAAUGAAGAGCCCGGUAGUGCUUCUAGUAGUACAUCCUCUGGUUUAAACCAGACUAGCCAGAAAGAAAGUCCAAUAUUCUCGGUUUCCCCCGUUAAAUCUUCCAACCUGAAAGUGUCCCCUAAGAAUGCAAAGAACCUACCUCCAUUACCCAAGUUGAAAGCAGGCAUCACAAGUUUUAAUGACGACAGUGACAUAUACAGGUCGAAUUUGAUUAACAGGUCUCUAUCCACCAGAGAAUUUAGAAAACCAACUCGAAGGGAGAAAUUAGACCUAUAUGCCGCUGAUGAUUAG